AUGAAAGCACGGUUAUGGCUGAUAAUUCUGUCCCUCUCAGUUAACUCAUUGCGAUCCGAGUCAAAGAAAACCGACGUCGCAUACGCGAGUCUGUUAUACGGAGAUGAAUUCUUGUUAGGCGUUAGAGUUCUUGGCAAAUCGAUACGUGACACUCGGUCCAGUAAAGAUAUGGUUGCUUUGGUUUCAGAUGGUGUUUCUGAUUACGCCAAUAACCUCCUCAAGGCUGAUGGGUGGAUAGUUGAGAAAAUUAGUUUACUGGAAAAUCCUAAUCAAGUUCACCCAAAGAGGUUUUGGGGUGUUUAUACCAAGCUCAAAAUAUUUAACAUGACUGACUACAAGAAAGUUGUAUACCUUGAUGCCGAUACUAUUGUUGUUAGAAAUAUUGAAGAGCUUUUCAAGUGUGGAAGAUUUUGUGCUAAUUUGAAGCAUUCUGAGAGGUUGAAUUCAGGAGUCAUGGUUGUGGAACCAUCUACGGAGCUUUUUAAUGAUAUGGUGAGCAAAGUCAAAACUCUGCCAUCUUAUACGGGAGGGGAUCAGGGAUUUCUUAAUUCAUAUUUCUCGGGAUUUCCUAAUGCGCGUGUUUUUGAGCCAAAUUUGAGCCAGGAAAUUUUGAAUACUAGACCAGUCCCUGAAAUGGAGCGACUUUCCACCUUAUAUAAUGCGGAUGUUGGUCUCUACAUGCUGGCUAACAAGUGGAUGGUAGAUGAGAAAGAACUCCGUGUGAUUCAUUAUACUCUAGGCCCUCUUAAGCCUUGGGACUGGUGGACAUCUUGGCUUUUGAAACCUGUUGAUGUUUGGCAGAAUGUAAGGGAACAGUUGCCGGAAUCCCUUCCUGGAACCAGUGGGGGGCAAAACCCUAAAGAUGGUUUUCUUGUGAAGUUUCUUUUUCUGCUACCACUUUGUACUGUACUCUUCUGCUGUUAUCGUUCAUUUCAAAAGAAUCAAGGGUACUUUGGUUCCUAUUGUAGAAGCUCAAUGUGUGAUCAUGUCCGACACCUUUAUUAUAGGAUUAAAUCAGGUGGCUCACUUUCUUAUACUGCCGUUUCUACUUCUACAGUUGGUUCCACCCAUCAGCUCUUAAACGGUUCUCAAUACAAGAUGCCCACAUAUUUGGGCGGUGUUUCUGUUUGUGUCUGUCUUAUGGCUGCGGUGGUGUCUCUUGGACUAACUCUCGUGAUAGUUCCUCGGCAAGUGACUCCAUGGACCGGUUUGCUUUUGAUGUAUGAAUGGGUGUUCACAAUCUUCUAUACAUUAUUUGGAGGUUAUCUCAGCUUGAUUUAUCAUUGGGGAAAGAUCACGGCGUCACGAGCUCCAUCCUCAUUCUCUCAGCCCGAGUCUUCUGACAACGAUUCAGGAAAAGGCCAUCAGCGUCAUAUAUCAUCUUGUGAUGCCACUACAUGGUUCUAUGGAUUAGGGAUGGCCUUCUUUGCCAUUGUAGCUCCAUCUUUGCCUUGUCUUUUUGGAAUUACCACUUUGUUUCUACGGUUAGGUUUGAUGAUUGUUGGGGAGAGGGAUAUCGCACGAAAUGGGAACUUCUAUUUCUCUUGUUGA